CCGCGAGGCCCGCUUCGACACCCGCGUCUCAGUGCCGACCGUGAGGGACCUAAGUGAUCAAUUUUGUUCAUGGAAAUGUUCCGGUCUCAUUGGCGGCGCUGAACGAUGUAAUGAGUCGUACGUGCUGGCGACAGGCCCUGUGGGCGCUGGCGAUGUUAAGCACGCUGGCGCCCUCGCAGGCUGAUGGAAACAUAGGUUGCUUGUUUAGUUCGUCGCUCUGCGUGGAGGGAGUGGAAUGGUGUUAUGAUGAUUUUGCAUUCGGUAAAUGCAUACCGGUGUACGACAACGAUCCUGAAGAAGGAUCUCUUUAUCAGUACGACAUGAGUUCGAACCAGCUGCAAUGGUUCGAGAGGGAGCUGCAGCAGCUGGCAGCGAGCGGCUACCGCUGGGAGCACGCUUACACCCAGUGCGUGCUUCAGAGCAUGCUUUACGCUUUGCGUCAUCAUUUGAAUCCAACAAAUGUAAAUUCGAAGCUAUGUGACCAUUUUGCGGAUCCCAAAGUAGAUUCUGCAACUGCUGGCGAGGAAGAUGAUACUUUAGAUAAUAUAGAACCUGACGAAACUGCUUAUGUACGAUUUACACCAAAUUCGGCAGCAUCUGAUUACGCAAAUGAAGUGUACAACCCACCCUUUGUUUCCGACGACGAUCCAACUGAAUAUCUGAUACCUAAAGGACAAUCAUCCAUUGAUAACGAACAACUACAACCAGAGGAAGACAAUCCUAGCGAUAAUAUACGAGACAUAAUGCUCAUGAGUGGCAUCGAAGAAUCGCCUGUUAUAAUGCCAUUUGAGGGAUUUAGAGAACGCCUUCAAGCUGAAGAGAAGGAAAGAAAUCUUGAUAAUCAAAAUAUUAUACCUGAAGCAUUUCUAGACAAGGAAAAAAAAUCUCUGGCCGAGGCUAAGAAUGAAAUAAAAUCUUUUACUGAAAAUAAUGAAUACCCGGAUGAGGAACGUUUGGGGGCUCACUUCCGAAAAUUUAAAACCAAGCCUCCGCCGUUUACAGCGGAGUAUCUUACUGCUAAUCGAUUUUCACCAUUGGAUGCUGAAGUUCGUUCCAAUGCAAUUCAAAAAUACAAGCAAAGUUUUGCUGACAAAAACUUUCCUUUCGAAUAUGAAAAUCCAGGUGAUAUACAAGAACAAAGAAUUUAUUUUGACGAAGACGGUGACGAAUUUUCUAUUGAUACUGGCAGCGGUGAUCUGGAACCAUACCACAUUAAAGAUCGAUCAAAAGCUAAGAACUCCAAGAAUAUGGAAUAUUUAAUUAAUCACUGGCGUGAGUUAUUUGGUUCGAAGUUAACACCCCAGGGCAAUCUGUAUGCUGAAGGUGGACCGUUAAAACCCGAUGAAAUACAAGGUGAAAAUUCAAAAUUUUACCUAUCGGAAGAUUUUCAAGAUUUACUUAAUAGAGAAUGGGGCUUUAAGCGUAGGGAAAGAGAUGAUGUUAAAAAGCCUGGGCCGCGUGUGGACGCAAAAACUUUAAAGAUAUUGUACAUCAAUAAAUCGGUGACAGCUCAAGAAGCGGUGAACAAACAAAAUCCCAGUAAACCAGAUCAUGACCCCAACGAUUAUGAAUAUGAUCCAUCGUAUGCUUUCGUCGAGUUACAUAAUAGGUUCCUUACAAAUUGGGAGAAAGGCAUGGCUUUCAUCGGAAAACUUGAAGAAAUGCUGGGCUUAGAAAAAAAUACCUUCACGAAUCCUCGAGUUGACCCAAGUGAAGUGACGUUUAAAGUGGAAAAAAACAGUAAGGGAUAUGACGCUGCUGAAGUUGGGAGACAAAUUGAUGCUAUCAAAGACAAAGUGUGGAAAGAAACGGGAGCCCAAAUUAAGUCUAUUGGUGUCGGGGACAGGAGUAAACAUGCUAUUAUUCAUCACGCUGAUAUACAAGAACCACAACUCUUCGGCUUACAAUUACCAGUUCUUCUUGCACUCGUGGGAAGUUUGUCCGUUCUCGUCGUGGGUGCUGUUGUAUUUGCAAUUUUGUUGAAACGGGACAUGAGCAGUAAGAGGAAAAUGCAAGGACUCGCAUCAGCAGCUGAGAUAGAUGCGGAAGCUACUAGAGAUUAUCAGGAACUUUGCCGAGCUCGCAUGUCUGGCAAGUGGCCAGGACAGCAGACGACUGUUCCAUCUCACUCAACUGACCCACCUCAAAGAAUCACUUCACUAACAAAGGAUCCAGAAGGUCACUCGCCUUCAACACGAUCUAGUACUUCUUCCUGGAGCGAGGAACCGGCGCUAACCAACAUGGAUAUUUCGACUGGACACAUGGUGUUGGCAUACAUGGAAGACCAUCUUCGCAACAAAGACCGUCUCGAACAAGAGUGGAAGGCGUUGUGCGCAUAUGAAGCCGAACCUUGUGCCACGGUUGCAGCUCUUAAACCUGAAAAUAACGGAAAGAACCGCUACGCUGAUGUGCUGCCUUACGAUCAUUCACGGGUCACACUGAACACGUUGUCUAAUCACCUUGGAUCUGAUUAUAUCAACGCUUCUACUAUUACCGAUCAUGAUCCACGAAACCCAGCAUACAUCGCUGCAGCCGGUCCUUUGGCACAUACAGCAGCGGACUUCUGGCAAAUGGUUUGGGAGCAAGGCAGUGUUGUGAUGGUGAUGCUCACUCGACUUACAGAGAACGGCCAGCAACUUUGCCACCGAUACUGGCCUGAAGAGGGAUCGGAACUCUAUCAUAUCUAUGAGGUGCACCUAGUCAGCGAGCAUAUUUGGUGCGAUGAUUAUCUCGUCCGCAGUUUUUAUCUGAAGAACCAACGUACCGGCGAAACACGUACCGUAACGCAAUUCCACUUCCUUUCCUGGCCAGAAAAUGGAGUACCAUCUUCAACCAAGGCUUUGCUCGAAUUUAGAAGGAAAGUGAACAAGUCUUAUCGUGGUAGAUCUUGCCCGAUAGUAGUACACUGCAGCGAUGGUGCUGGCCGCACGGGUACUUACUGCUUGAUUGACAUGGUACUGAACCGCAUGGCGAAAGGUGCAAAAGAAAUAGAUAUAGCGGCAACUCUAGAGCACAUCCGGGACCAGCGUCCACGAACCGUGGCUACCAAACAACAGUUCGAAUUUGUCCUGAUGGCUGUGGCUGAGGAGGUGCAUGCAAUACUGAAGGCUUUACCGGCACAUUUGCAACAACUGCAAGAGAAAAAGGACAAAGAAAAAGAAAAGGAGAAAGAAAAAGAAAAAGAAGGCAACGAAAAAGAGAAACCCAACUGAACAACGCACUGCUUACGCGAUCAUGACUUUGUUACUUUUAAUAAUUAGCGUCGGCUCUAGUCCACACAGCACAAUGAAAUAGAUAAAGCCAUGUUGCCCAUUGCCACUAAGAAGAAUAUUAAAAAAAAAAAAAAAGUUGAUUAAAGCCGGCAUUGAUUACAAAGUUAAGUUAAUCAUAUUAUCGUUCUAAAAUGUUUAUUCUAUUCAAGUUGAUCAUCUAAAUUGUUUCUUCCAAAAAUAGUAGUAAAUGCAAACUGAAAAAUUCAAACCGAGCCUGAACUGGAAUUAAAGUGUAAUCUUUAGCAAAUGGUGUGUAAAAUAAAGAUUUAGAUUGUCAACUUGAAAUUAUUAAAUGUAUACUAAGUAGAAUGAAUAACUUCUUUUGCUUAUCGCUACGUUGUUUUAGGACAAUGUUUAUAUUAUAUUCCUAUUAUCGAAAUGUAUGUUUCAGUGUUAUAUUUCAUUGAUGUACACAAAUGGACAGUAUAUUAUCAACGUUAUAUACUGCUCGUAUCCUUAUUUAUAAAGGUUCCCGUUAGAUGAUGUAAUAAAGUAAUUAUUUAUAGGUAUUUACGUUCAGAGAGCCUACAAAAUUAAAGUAUUUUUUUAAAUGAGUAAAUACAUAAUGCACUCGUGUUUUAUGAAAAAAAUAAAAAUUCUUUAUAGGGAUCAUUAUAGUCAAUUUAUCAGGUGUCUACAAACUGACCUAAUCAUUUUUUAUAAUUAAAAAUAUAUUUUAAUUACCGUUUUAAAACUCUGUUUCGGUUAAUUUAUAAUGUUGUUGCACCUUUCUUAUCAAGGAUAACAAAUUAUAUUACUUUAAUGUAUUUAAAUGUUAUAAUAUCUAACAUAUUAACAAAGAAUUUUUUUAAGUGUACAAAAUAACUUCAUUAUAAAAGAUUGAGUCUAGUCAGUAAAACAUAAAUAUUGUUAACUAUUUAUUCACUGAUCAAUUUGUUAUUACGAACGAACAUUUGUGUAAAAUUAACUUAAUAUAUUAUAUUGUGGUAUCAAAUUUUACAUAUAUACCUACGUACUUCUUUAGCGUGUAGCUGCUGGUAUUUUUGUAUUAAAAUAAUGAGAGAAACUCUUAGGCGGACAGUGGCUUCGCCAAAUCAUAUCCCCGAUAAACGGUAUACCUGAUAAAUCUAAUCAGAUAAAAUUAUGAUAAAACAUAUUUACAGACUAGCAGAAACAAUAGAGAUCGUAGAACUUAUCUGAGAACGAUUUAUAUAUAAGAUUAUUAUAUUUAUUGCAUACUAUGAGAAAAAAUGUAAAAAAAAAAUAUUACCAUGAAAUUAUGAAUGUAGUUUAGACCUAAGAGAAAAUAUAUUUAACCGUAUUUCUGUAUGAAAUUAUAUGUAGUUUUUAUGUGAAUGAAUGAUUGGCGGAUUUGAUUACCUAUUAAAACAUUACAGGUGAAACUACCCACAUACCUCCA